AUGGAAGACUCAACAUCUAAGCUGACUGAAGCCAUCUCAGAGACCACAGUUGUGCUGGACAAUGAGCUUAAGAAUAGCAAUAUGUCCAACCGAUUAGAGAAGGCAAAGUCAGGCAAGAAGGUUGGGUGGUCACGUGACACUAUUGACAAUGAACACUUGGGCCGUCGUUCAUCUAAAUGUUGUUGUGUUUAUGAGAAGCGACGUGCCUUUGGUGAGAGCUCCUCAGAAAGCGAAAAAGAAGAUGAAGACAAUUGUGAUGUACUCUGUGCCUGGGGUCAUCAAAAGGGAAGACGAAGUGAUCUUUCAAGAAACCUUGCUAAUACUUCAUCUUCAAAGCCUCAAGACCCAUCUGAAUCCCUUCCUUCCUCCAUCACUGACUAA